GUAUGAUGUAGUGUACACCGUGCCCGAUGGUCGCGGUGUGUCUGGUCCUGUUUGACCCGAGUCAGAUCUGAUUGGUGAUAAUCUAUUUUACCCUGAAUAGGCUUCUGACACUCGCCCCCCAGCCUGAAGUUGCCCAGCCAGGGCAUAAUGGGCAAGCUCACCGUGUUCGGGUUUCUUCACGAGCAAUGGACAGAGCUCCCAAUCUCUACUGCGGACGUCAGCGACCAGUCGCUGGUCGUAGUCGGUGCUAAUGUCGGGCUUGGAAAUGAAGCUGCUGUGCAUUUAGCCCAGCUGAAACCUAAGACCCUGUUGAUCACCAGCAGAGACGAAGUCAAGUGCGAACUAUCAAAAACAGACGUGGAGACUCGGUCUGGCAUGACUGGUAUCGAAUCCUGGCCUCUUGAGCUAAGUUCAUUCGAUUCAGUGCGUUCUUUCGUGGACAAUUUUGAAGCGAAGGGACACACAGCCAAUGUUCUUAUCGCCAACGCUGGCCUAUCGACGAUGAAGUACGCGAAAACACCGGAUGGUUACGAAACUACAUUUCAAGUGAAUUACCUGUCGACCGCUCUGUUGAGCAUAUUGAUGCUGCCUCACCUCAUCAAGACGGGGACUCCUGAACAUGCCUCUAGACUAGUUGUCGUGUCUAGCAUGGCUCACUAUAUAGCCGACAGACUAAAAGGAGCAGACAAAUGGUCUAGUAUCAUCGAAACAAUCAAUGAUGAGGCAUAUUGUACCUCUAGCAUAAUGAAGAAUCGCUACCACCUAUCCAAGCGUGAGUUGAUCGAGUGCAUGCAUUAUUAUGCUCAGCACACCGUUAUGCGCAGUCCUCGAAGUGAUGUUCAUCCGUGAGCUGUCUUCUCGACUUCCCAUACCAACCCUGGUCACUGUUUCGGCGGUCAAUCCCGGUUUUUGUCACUCUCGUCUUGCGCGAGAAGUCGAUUCGAAUCCUUUCCUCAAGUUUACCAUGAGCAUUUUCAAAGGGCUAUUGGCACGCACGGCUGAGAUGGGCAGUCGGACACUUGUUCAUGCGGCAAUCGAGCCAGGUGAGAGGGAACGGCAUGGUCACUACCUGUCGAACUGUGAAGUCACCGAAGUGAGCGAUUAUGCACUCAGUGCGGAAGGAAGGGAGGUUUCAAUGCGUUUGUGGUAUGAGACCCUCAAAAUCCUUGGAGACAUCGAUCCAAGAGUUAAUACAAUCGUGU